UUGUAUUUCAUCAGCUGUAAGACCUGAAGCCGGAUAAACCGGUGCCCGUUGAAUUAAAAUGAAGCUGUUUCUGAACGAGGGUAACCCUCACGGCUUAAAGGUUCUGGCUGGAGCCGGUCUCUGGGCUGCUGAUGUGGAGAUAGAAAGGUUACAGCAGGAAGAAAAGAUUGUGCCUUUCCUGUCUCAACCAAAGUUACCAGCACUGCAUCUUGAUAAUGGAAAUUAUCUUUUCUCUUCUAAUGCAAUCUGCCAGUUCUUUUUCUUGUCAUCUGGGAAAGACUUGUGUGAUUUAACUCAUCAGUGGCUGGAAUGGGAAGCAGCUGAGCUUCAGCCAGGGCUGUCUGUAGCACUUUAUUCCCAUGUGGUACAAGGAAAGAAUAAAGAUGACAGCUUGCUACACAUCAACAAGUUGCUAAGCUAUCUGGAUCAAAGUCUUGCAAAGACAAACAGUCACUAUUUAGUCAAUGACGCACUAUCUGUUGCUGACAUUGUUGUAUGGGGUGCCAUCUACCCACUUAUUGGAGACGUAACCAGCCUAUCAGGAGAUUUGAAAUCUUUGAAAAGUUGGUUUCAAAACAUAAGUCAACUAGAACAAUGCCAGAAAGCAGUGGAAUCAUUGCUGAAGGGUCAAGGGUCAUCAGUUUUCAAACCGUACCUACAGAAACUUCCCGCACCCACACUGCCAUCUGACAAAGCAGUUAGCAAUGAGCAAGAGGGGGAAGAUGCAGCUGUUCAGACCUUGUCAGAGGAGGAUAUUGUAGCCGCUGCUGAGGUUUGGGCUAGAGGCCUAACUGAUGCUCCAAAGCCAAGACAAAGGCAGCACCCCAUCCUCCCAACUGAAGGUGCAAAAAACAUCUUGAUUACUAGUGCUUUGCCCUAUGUAAAUAAUGUUCCUCACCUUGGGAAUAUAAUCGGCUCCGUGCUCAGUGCUGACGUCUUUGCCAGGUACUGCCGAUUGAGAAACUGGAACAUCCUGUAUAUAUGUGGGACAGAUGAAUAUGGCACAGCCACUGAGACCAAAGCAAUGGAGGAAGGCUUGACCCCACGGCAAAUCUGUGACAAGUACAAUGCCGUUCACGCUGACAUAUAUCAGUGGUUCAACAUCUCUUUUGACUAUUUUGGAAGGACCACAACUGAACAGCAGACAAUAAUUGCCCAAGACAUCUUUCAUCGACUUUUGGAGAGGAACUUUCUGCUGACAGACACAGUGGAACAGCUCAGGUGUGAGAAAUGUCAGAGAUUUUUGGCUGAUCGCUUUGUGGAAGGAAUUUGCCCCUUCUGCAACUAUGAAGAAGCCAGAGGAGACCAGUGUGAUAAAUGUGGGAAACUGAUCAAUGCUGUUGAGUUAAAGAAACCUCAGUGCAAAGUGUGCAAACAAGCGCCAGUGAUUAAAUCUUCCCAGCAUCUUUUCUUGGACUUGCCAAAGCUAGAGGAGCGUCUGGAGAAGUGGUUAGAACAGUCGCUUACAUCUGGAGACUGGACAGCAAAUGCACGCUACAUAACGCGCUCUUGGAUACGGGAUGGCUUGAAACCGCGGUGCAUCACGCGAGAUUUAAAGUGGGGUACUCCUGUACCUCUGGAAGGUUUCAAAGAUAAGGUGUUUUAUGUAUGGUUUGAUGCUCCUAUUGGCUAUAUCUCAAUUACAGCCAACUAUACAGAUCAGUGGGAGAAGUGGUGGAAAAACCCUCAGCAGGUUCAGCUUUAUAACUUCAUGGCAAAAGACAAUGUUCCUUUCCAUAGUGUGAUCUUUCCAUCAUGUCUGCUUGGGGCAGAGGAUAAUUACACCUUGGUCAGCUCACUUGUAGCAACAGAAUAUUUAAAUUAUGAGGAUGGCAAGUUCUCAAAGAGUCGGGGAGUAGGAGUAUUUGGAGAUAUGGCCAAGGACACCGGCAUCCCUGCUGACAUCUGGAGAUUUUACCUGUUGUACCUACGGCCUGAGGGACAGGACAGCGCGUUCAGCUGGAAUGACCUGAUGCUGAAAAACAACUCAGAGCUUCUUAAUAAUCUUGGAAACUUUGUAAAUAGAGCUGCCAUGUUUGUGCAGAAGUUUUUCAACGGUUGUGUCCCUGAGAUGGAAUUGAUUCCAGAAGACAAAAGGCUACUUGCCCAAGUCACUGCCGAGCUCCGCCAGUACAAUCAACUUCUGGAGAAAGUUCGCAUCCGAGAUGCCCUGCGCUGUAUACUAAAUAUUUCUCGCCAUGGAAACCAGUAUAUACAAGUUAAUGAGCCAUGGAAACGCAUCAAAGGCAACCAACAAGAUCAGAAACGAGCCAGCACAGUUACUGGAGUAGCUACAAACAUGGCCGCCUUGCUCUCAGUCAUGCUGCACCCAUUCAUGCCAACAGUCAGUGCAAUGAUUCAAGAUCAGCUGCUGGUACCACAGGAAGCUAUGUUGCUGACCUAUGAAUUCCGCUGCACCUUACCUAGCGGGCACUGCAUUGGAGCUGUUAGCCCACUAUUCCAGAAGCUGGAGAAUGACCAGAUUGAGUCGCUGAGGAAACGCUUUGGAGGUGGACAGCUGGAUUUGGACAGCCCAGAGUUACAGGUAAAAGUUGAGCAGCCUAAUGUGCAAAUGGACAAUACCGCUCCUGUGCCUGAACCUUCCACAGCUAGUGACAGCCUCAGAGUAAAGCAGCUUAUUCAGGAGGUAGAAAAACAGGGGAACCACGUUCGGGAGCUUAAAGGCAAAAAGGCAGAGAAAUCUGUGAUAGAUCUUGAGGUACAAAAGCUUUUAGCACUGAAGAAGGAGCUUGCCCUCGCUGAAGGGAAAACACCUGAACCUCCUGCUCAGAAGGGGAAAAAGAAGAAAUAAAACCCGCAUGCUGGAUUACCUAGAACUGCAUCUUAUCAGUACCCUGCAUUGGUGAAAUGGUUAAACCUGGGGACAUUUUUAAAUAAAAAUAUUUUGAUGA